AAUUUAGAUUCUUGAACUUGCAAUUUUUGUUAAGCUUCAAGUUUUAAUGGGGAUUAGCCCAUCGAAAAAGGCCCACAAAGUGGUGUCAUUGAUCACAGGCGGCUAUGCUGCUCGGCGGAGCGGACCUCUAAACCCCCAACAUAGAUGAAGUCGUUUAUGCAAUGCCCUCUCUCUCUUCCCCAACUCUCAGACUCAUUCACGAAACGUUUCGCUCCAGACCCAGCAACAAACGCUCAUUCUCAACCCAACCUUGCAUUGUCCAAUCAAUCUUCAACCUCGCUUCCCAAGGUCACCUCUCCCAAGCCAUUUCUUCUCUCGAGCUCUUAGCUCGCAAAGGCCUCCGCUUGCCUUUGAAUUCUCUCAACUAUCUCUUGCAACAGUGCGCAAACGCCAGGUCUCUUAGAGAAGCCAAAUGGGUUCAUCUCCAUUUGAAGCUCACGGGUCUAAAGCACCCCACUACGUUUUUAUCGAACCAAUUGAUAGGUACUUACUUCAAAUGUGGCGACGAAGUUGAAGCACGCAAGGUGUUUGAUAAAAUGUCUGUGAGGAAUUUGUACAGCUGGAACAAUAUGCUUUCUGGGUAUGCUAAAAUGGGGAUGAUUAAGCCAGCUAAGAAGUUGUUUGAUAAAAUGCCCGAGAAGGAUGUUGUGUCGUGGAACACUAUGGUUAUUGCUUAUGCAAAGAGUGGGCAUUCUGAUGAGGCUUUGAGGUUUUAUAGGGAGCUUAGGAGACUGUCUAUUGGGUAUAAUGAGUUUAGUUUUGCUGGUGUUUUGACGGUUUGUGUGAAGUUAAAGGAAUUAGAGCUUGCUAGGCAGGUUCAUGGGCAGGUUUUGGUUGCUGGGUUUUUGUCAAAUGUGGUGAUUUCUAGUUCUGUUGUUGAUGCUUAUGCAAAGUGUGGGGAGAUGGGAGAUGCAAGGAGAAUUUUUGAUGACAUGAGUGUAAGGGAUGUCCUUGCUUGGACAACUCUAGUUUCAGGAUAUGCUAAAUGGGGGGAUAUGGAAUCAGCUAGUGAAUUGUUUGAUCGAAUGCCUGAGAAAAACCCUGUAUCAUGGACAGCAUUGAUUGCUGGCUAUACAAGAAAUGCUCUGGGGCAUGAAGCGCUUGAAUUGUUUACGAAAAUGAUGACACUUCAAGUUAGACCUGAUCAAUUCACAUUUAGUAGUUGUCUUUGUGCUUGUGCCAGUGUAGCUUCACUCAAGCAUGGGAAACAGUUACAUGCGUAUUUGCUACGAACUAAUUUUAGGCCUAAUACUAUAGUUGUGAGCUCUCUCAUUGACAUGUAUUCAAAAUGUGGGUGUUUGGAAACUGGCAAAUUGGUUUUUGAUCUUAUGGGUGAUAAGCGAGAUGUUGUGUUGUGGAAUACAAUGAUGUCUGCCUUAGCGCAGCAUGGUCAUGGUGAGGAGGCAAUGAAGAUGUUCAAUGACAUGGUAAGAUCAGGCUUGAAGCCAGAUAGGAUCACAUUUGUUGUAAUUCUCAAUGCCUGUAGUCAUUCAGGUCUUGUGUCAGAAGGGCUUAAGGUUUUCAAUUCCAUGAUGUGUGACCAUGGCAUUGUUCCUGAUCAAGAACAUUAUGCAUGCUUAGUUGACAUCUUGGGCCGAGCUGGAUGUUUUGACGAGUUGAUGAAACAGCUUGAGAAGAUGUCUUGUAAGCCUGGUGAUCAAGUUUUGAAUGCCUUAAUUGGUGUUUGUCGAAUUCAUGGAAAUAUAGAGUUGGGAAGAAAAGCGGCGGAAUGCCUCAUCGAAUUGGAACCCCAAUCCUCUGCUCCCUAUGUUUUACUUUCAAGUAUAUAUGCUGUGCUUGGAAGAUGGGAGUUGGUAGAGAAGGUGAGAAAGCUUAUGGAUGAGAGACAAGUAAGGAAAGAGCGUGCCGUCAGUUGGAUAGAAAUUGAAAAUAAGGUGAAUGCUUUCACAGUAGCAGAUAGAUUUCACCCUCUGAAAGAAGUAAUAUACUCAGUUUUGGAACAUUUAACUGGACAGAUGGAAGAAGAUCCUUUGUUACUUGAUGCCGAAAGGUAAAUUUCAUCUAUUUUGUCCUCUGUUGAGUGGUUUCUAGGGGGACCAACGGAAAUUAUAUUUGUAGUCAACUCCAUAACUUGUAACAUUUUUCUGUACCCUUCACAAGUUGGCCUUCGAUCCGGAUUAGAUUCUAUACAAUUGAAUCUCCACACUGAAAUACUUGUGAAAUUUUAUUCCAAAAAUCAGAUAGUUGUCUCCAGGGAAGAUAUUUUGCUUCCUUUUGUAUCAUUAUUUUGUCUCAGUGAUUCUUGAAUAAAACUGAUAAAGAGCUUUGUGAA